UCUCCAGUGUAGAAAAACACUUGAAUAAUUUUGCAAACAAGUUGUUGCUGUUCUGUUACUCCAAAUCCCAAAUUAAAUGUGAGAUGGAUAAAUCUCCACGUAUUGUUUAUGUGUGCAGCUUAUGCCUACGACAAUAUGAUCUCCAGGAGGAUCUCCGUGGACACAUGGUGUAUUUCCACGGCUACGAGCCCAUUGCAGUGCCCGCGGCCAAAAGCAAAACAGCGAAGACUUCAAUUAAACAACAAACAGCAGCCGGUAAGACUAACCAGGAUAAACAAACCAUUGAGGAGCCACUGGAUGAUCCAAAUCCAACGCCAAGUGAACUGCAGCCCAUGCCUUUUAAGGAUUUCCGACUGGUUUUGAGGGCCACUAUGCUGGAGCCGUGCUCCCUGGGCAAGGACUGCCCCUUCAAGUUCCAGGAUGCUGCGAAAAUGCAGCUCCACUCCAGUUGCCACAAAGGCGGCAGCUUCUCCUGUUGCGAGUGUGGAUUGGAGCUGCCCAACUGGCGGCGGUGCUCGGCUCACCUAUGGAAAACUCAUCAGGUGGAUGUGGAUCUUCUGGAGUGUCCCGCCCUCAAUUGCAACUACAAGUCACCCAUAUCCGCUCUUGUUUGGAGACACAUGCGGGUUCACAAAAAGUGGCGGCCCAGGGUGCUCCGCUCGCUGGCUGCCGUCCAACGCAGGAGGAAACUCAAGGAGCAGCCCGGGGAGAUGGCCGCACAGCCUACAGCUCCUCCACCGGCGGCCAAAAAGAACAAAUACUAUGCGGAGAAGACCUGCGAGAUUUGCAAUCGAAAGUUUGUCAAUGGCAAGACGCUCUCCAAGCAUGUGAAAACUGUGCACAACAAAAUCAAGCCAUUUAUCUGCAAUGUUUGCGGCAAAAAGACGGCGCGAAAGGCUAGUUUGAUAAUCCACAUGCGUCAGCACACAGGCGAAAAACCGCUACAAUGCGGCGAGUGCAAGUUCUCCACUCGGGAUCCCAGUGUACUGCACAAACAUCGACAGCGCCACGAUAGUCAGGAGACCAGGAGUAGCCUAAAAUGCAGCCAAUGCGAGUAUUUUUGCAUCCAGGCUAAUGCCCUAAAGCGUCAUAUGCGCCUUAAUCAUGCCGACGCAUAUCGAGAUCUGUGCUGCGAUCUCUGCAGCUUUACUUCUAUUAAUGCCGAACGUUUGCAAGCCCACAAGCAGGAUCAUCGAAAGGGCUUGAUCACGAAUUGUGAGGACUCCAUGGAUGCCACACGGGCCGCCGGAUUCAAGUAUCCACGCAAGUUGGGCGACAAGAAUGGCGAGAUAUCAGCAGACUGUUUUAUGCCGCUGGAGAGUGUGGAUUCGUUGCCCCAUGAGCCAGCUGUCGACACUGGUGGAGUAACCAUACCAGCCCCUCCAUCCGAGGACACUCAAUUUCCCACGUAUUUAAAGGACUAAACUUAUUAAAUUUCAAAUUGGGAUGUAAACCAGAAUUUUUUUUUUAUUUCUCUUUGACUUCCCCUUUUAUUCAAUGGAUAUGUAGACACUUAUCAGUGCGUAUAUUUGUUUAUAUACCUAAGCCUGUGCCUAUUUACAAUUUAAUUAGUUUAUUGUUGGCGUGUCCGUUGCGCUGUAAAAAGUUAUGUAUUAAAUAAUGUUCUCAUGCAGUUUGUUUGGGGAUUUAAAUGCUCGUUUAUUGAGUUGUUCAGUAUUUCCAUUUAAUUUUAAUAUCAUUUUAGAAUCUGAUAUGAUUUUUUUCAACAUUCGAAUUAUUUAGUCAUGCUGGUUUACCGUG